CUUCGGAAGUUCCGGGGCUCGUGAACCCGUUCCAUGCCCCGGAUGCUGGUGGGCUCAGUCGCACGGAGAACGAUUGUAGCGAGCAACGAUGACCGCCUUGAAUACGGAAGCAUCCCCACAGCUGGCCGCAGCAGAAGCGAUUGACACGAUAAGGAGGCCAGCAGCGCAAUCCGCGCCACCACAAUUCAAAAAAGAACGGGAACGAUGGCCAGAAAGCCAGAUCUAACCGUCACAUACAAGACGGUUGACACAUGCGCGAUCGAUACCGAUGUCUACGUGCCUCAACCAUCCGAGUUCCGCAGCGACAGCCGCAAUCGCCCCGUCAUCAUCAACAUCCAUGGCGGCGCCUACAUGCUUGGAGCGUCGUCCAUGGUCAACAACGAUCAGGUGAUAGAUUGCUUGGAGCGUGGCUGGAUCGUGGUCGUUCCCAACCACAGGCUGUGUCCUCAAGUCGACAUACUUGACGGGCCGGUGUGCGACAUUCGAGAUCUUUCCACCUGGCUGCACGAUGGGUUUCUGGACAAAGAACUCGAAAAGCUCGGCUCACUGCUUCGGUGCGAUUUGAACCGGGUGAUUGCGUUUGGAACUAGCGCAGGCGGCCAUCUUGCCAUGUGUCUUGGCUUCGAUCAUCCUUAUCGGCCUGCGGCCAUCCUUGACUUCUACGGGCCCAGCCACUUCCACGAUGGAUUCUGGGAGGAGAAGCUGCCGAUGGCCGCAAAGCUGCCGGCAUUCGAUGCUGCGUUUCUCCGCCAGGUCUACGACGAGCACUCGACCUGCACGCGUGGCGGCGUUUCGCUCGAAGGUCAACAGACCCAAGGUGGACCCGACUUCGCCGACCCGCGCGUGGCAUUCGCCUUCGCCCACAUCGCGAACGGGAAGGUCUGGGACGUCUGCUUUCCGUCGAAGGCGUUCGAGAAGAUCGACGCGGCCGCGCGCGUGAGCCCCGAUUUCCCGCCUACGUGCAUCGUGCACGGCGACGCGGACACCAUGGUGCCGAUGAGGCUGAGCAAGAUGCUGUACGACAAGCUGCGCGCAGCCGGUGUCGACUGCGUCCUCAUCGAGGUCCCCGGCGAGGAGCACACCUUUGCCGGAAAAAUGGUCAAGGGUAGCCGGACGUGGGAGAUUCAGCGCAAAGGCUUCGACUGGGUCGAACAGCGGAUACAGCAGCUGCCCUGAUCUGCUGCAAGGGCGCACCCGCCAAAAGAGAUAUUGCUGGAAGGUUGGUAGAAGAUAAGGACAUGGACAUUGUCAACUCUAGCGUACAUGCUCACUGCAAGACUUUUCAAAGAGAAUGGAAAAAAGGGCGUCUAUGCAGGGCGCCAGCUCAACGAAUAGCUGGGGCGUAUUCCCAUGCACAUCAAUAUAUACAUUCGAAUCAACUACACAUUAGCACCCAAGGGAA